UUGAAAUUCUUUCUUCUUUUAGAAGGCAUCAAUUAUUUUGCCUGUUUUGUCUAUAACGGGAACAACCCCAUCACCAAAGGAAGGAGAAUUCGAUGCUCUAUCUGAUUCUGUGAUUGGAAUGCAAGCAUAUUGAUUGGCCACUUGACAUUGUUACCCUUUUGAUUUGAAUGCAAGACUAGUUUAAUUGGCCACAACACAAUCUUUGUUUUGUACUUUGAUCUUGGGACAAUCAUCAUUGAUUUGAUUUUCCCAUUAAGGUAAAAAAAAUUGGUUUUGAUGGGUGUUUCGGUUGAUUCACCGUCACAAAAGGGUUCAUGGGAUUUCUUGAAGUUUUUAACUAGGAGGAAGCAGGUUGAUUCUCCACGUAGGAACUCUCAGCCUCUGCUUGCCAGGGAGUUAACUGUGCUUCAUCUCAUUGCAGUUGGUGUUGGUUCAACAAUUGGUGCUGGAGUGUAUGUGCUGGUGGGAGCGGUUGCACGGGAGCAUGCAGGACCGGCUUUGGCCAUUUCUUUUCUGAUUGCUGGAUUAGCAGCUGGUCUCUCUGCAUUUUGCUAUGCAGAGUUGGCUAGUCGCUGCCCUUCUGCUGGAAGUGCAUACCACUAUACAUACAUUUGUCUUGGGGAAGGUGUUGCUUGGUUGAUUGGCUGGUCUUUGUUAUUGGAAUAUACAAUUGGUAGUGCUGCAGUUGCUCGUGGCGUGACCCCCAAUUUGGCUGCACUUUUUGGUGGUGCGGACAAUUUACCCAUAUUUUUGGCCCGACAGCAUAUUCGUGGAAUAGAUAUUGUUGUGGACCCAUGUGCAGCAAUCCUGGUAUUACUUGUUACUGGACUCUUAUGCGUGGGGAUCAAGGAGAGUACAGUGGUACAAGGCAUAGUGACAGCAGUGAAUGUAUGUGCAUUGCUUUUUGUUAUAGCAGCUGGUGGUUACUUGGGAUUCAAGUCUGGAUGGGUUGGAUAUGAACUUCCAAUAGGAUUUUUCCCCUUUGGGAUUAAUGGGAUGCUGGCUGGUUCUGCUACAGUAUUCUUUGCAUAUAUUGGUUUUGAUGCAGUUGCCAGUACUGCUGAAGAGGUUAAAAAUCCUCAACGAGAUUUACCCCUUGGUAUUGGUGGUGCAUUGUUUAUUUGUUGUGGGAUAUAUAUGAUGGUGUCCAUUGUUUUAGUUGGUUUAGUACCUUAUUAUGCAAUUGAUCCAGAUACCCCAAUAUCAUCUGCAUUUGCUAAUCAAGGGAUGGAAUGGGCAGCUUACAUUAUAAAUGCUGGUGCUUUCACAGCUCUCUGCUCAGCAUUGUUGGGAGGGAUACUUCCCCAGCCACGAAUUCUGAUGUCUAUGGCAAGGGAUGGGCUUCUGCCACCUUUUUUUUGUGAUAUAAAUAAGCAGACUCAGGUUCCCGUUAAGGGCACAAUAGCUACUGGCGUUGUGGCUUCAUUCUUGGCUUUUUCUAUGGAAGUCUCUCAACUAGCAGGAAUGGUUAGUGUGGGUACGCUUUUAGCAUUCACCAUGGUGGCAAUUUCUGUGUUGAUCCUAAGAUAUAUCCCUCCAGACGAAGUCCCAUUGCCUCCAUCUCUCCAGGAUUCAAUUGCUUCAGUGUUAAAGCGGUACAGAUUGAGCAAUGCAGAGACAAAUGUGGAAUAUGCAGAUGCAAAUGUUGUUUCUUCUGAGUACAGAAAACCUUUAAUUAUUAAGGAGGAUGUUUCAAUUGAUUUUCCUAAACAUCUUGCUGUAGGAAACCAUCUAAAUGAAGGUGAUAAGCGAAGAGUUGUUGGGUGGAUCAUAGCAUUCAUAUGCUUAGGGGAGUUUGUCCUUAUAUAUGCAGCUUCAGAUUUUACUCUUCUUAGUUCUGUUCGCUUCGCAUUAUGUGGAAUUGGCGGUGCUACUCUUCUGUGUGGUUUUGUUUUACUGACCUGUAUAGAUCAAGAUGAUGCAAGACAUGACUUUGGGCACUCUGGAGGUUUCAUUUGCCCAUUUGUGCCACUGCUUCCCAUAGCUUGCAUUCUCAUCAAUUCCUACUUACUAGUUAAUCUUGGAGAUGGCACAUGGUUCCGUGUUUCUAUAUGGCUGGCAACAGGACUACUAGUUUAUGUGUUCUAUGGCCGAACCCAUAGCUCUCUAAAGGAUGCAAUUUAUGUGCCAGCAAAGCAAGUGGAUGAAAUUUACCAGAAUUACAGAAGCUGUCUUGCUUAAUCUCUGCAAACAAAAUUUGGCUGAUUCUGUGUGUGCCUGUGGGGAGAUUGCUUGCAUCCCAAGCCAAAGAAAAUGUUGCAGCUCCCCCAGUUGAACAUGUAUUCCCUGUACAGGAAGUGCUUCUCCAGCUUAGGGUCAUGUAUUUAAUUUGUUUUCUUCUAGAGAAGAAUGUCAUUGUGGUAUGCCUUGAAUUAUAUCUCAUUUAUUCCCCAUUGUGUACAAUUUGUAUGAUAUAUCUUGUGUGACAGUGUGAGUGAGUGACUUGGGGCAUGUUCAAGAAAAUGUAAAUAUAGUUUGAAAUUUGUAAUUUAAAUUUUCUUAAUUAUUCAAUCCUUUCAUUU